AAAAUGUAAAAGGAUAAUUGAGGGAAAAUGCCGUUUGACGCUGUUUCUCCUGAAAUAUCCAAGUCUGCCUUGCUUUUGCCUUCCCAACCCAGCGUUAAGUCUGGUAGUUUCAGCAAUCUGUUUGAGGCAGGAACCGGUGUGAACGCACCUGCAGAUGCCUUUGGUCAGUCUCCAGCUCACUUGGCUGCUUGCGGUGGUGAAGCGUUUUUCCUACUCUGGCAACUACAGACAGGAGCAAAUUUGAACCAACAGGAUUGCCUUGGAGAAGCUCCAAUUCAUAAAGCAGCAAAAGCUGGAAGUUUGGAAUGUCUCGCUCUCCUUGUUGCUGGCGAUGCCAAAAUUGACUUGUGCAACAACAGUGGACAGACAGCAGCAGAUCUUGCACUGGCUUAUGGCUUUCUGGAAUGUGCCAAGUUCCUCACGACAAUUCAGCACACUCAGACAAUGAAACUGAAAGGACGGUCUGGCUACUUGCUCAGUGACAAACAUGGGUUGCUGAGAGAGGAUCCAACUGCACAGAAACAAGAAAGUAAACCCGGCAGAUCCAUAAGCAGGAAGAGAAGAAGAUCAGAUGGUGUGUAAUACAGUUGGUUUAAUACAAUUCAGAAUAUUUUUCUAAAUGUUUUCAGCAUCCAAGUAAAUGGUUUUAUACACAUAGCAGUUAGAUGUAGAAGCCUGCUAGUAAGGAUGAACUUGCAUAGGUAGUUAAGGUCAUGGUCUUUUUGGAAAUGGACUGUGCACGGGGAAUGCCACUGAAAAAGCUACUUUAACAAAGGGAAAAAAAAAAUCAUAGGUACUUUUACUGGUGUACUGAUGUAGAAGCUACAGACUUAUUGUUGUUUAUUCAUAUGACAGAUCUUGUUUCCUAGCUGCUAGAAGAAACAGCUUGUAAUCCCAACAUGAAAUGUGGCAAAUCCAAAGUGAAGAAACAUGACUGGAUGAUACAUUGAGCAGCCAGAUGUAUAUGCUGGGACAUUGUCUCCUUCUGAGAAGGAGGAAAGCUUGUAUAUUGUUACUUCUUACAGAAGAAUGUUGUGGUUUCCCCCCCCAGUAGUUGUAUUCAUACAGCUAUAAAUAAAUGAGCAUGUGAUGACAAUUAA